AUGAGUGAGUUAGAGGACCCCAAAUACCCUGUGGAGAACUUGCUGAACCCAGACAGCCAUAGGGGGCCUUGGCUCAGCUGCCCUCAGGACAAGAGCGGGCAGCUGAAAGUGGAGCUGCAGCUGGAGAGGGCUGUGCACAUCAGCUAUAUCGAUGUCGGUAACUGUGGCUGUGCUUUUGUACAGAUUGAUGUGGGUCGUUCUUCCUGGCCCCUGGACAGGCCUUUCAUCACCCUUCUCCCUGCAACCAUGCUAAUGUCCCUCACUGAUUCAAAGGAGGGGAAGAACCGCUCAGGGGUCCGGAUGUUUAAAGAUGAUGAUUUCCUGACUCCAGCCUCAGGAGAAUCAUGGGAUCGACUUCGAUUGACCUGCUCCCAACCUUUCACACGUCAUCAGUCCUUUGGCCUGGCCUUCCUACAAGUGCGUUCCUCUCUGGACUCUUCGGCUGACCCAGUGAUGGGUCCCUCAGCCCCUGAGAGCUCUGGGCUGAACCAGAAGUCUUCUGUGCUGGAGUCUGACCCUAGUCCCUGGCUGAAUAAUCCUUCUAUCCGGAGGACAUUCUUCCCAGAUCCCCAGACGAGCACCAAGAAAAUUUCAGAGCUUAAAGGUAUGCUGAAGCAACUGCAGCCAGGGCCUCUGGGGCGGGCAGCCCGCAUGGUGCUUUCUGCUGCCCGUAAGGCGCCUCCAGCCAGUGUGGUAAGCCCAGACGACAGCCGUGGGGAAGCAGGUUCCGGUCAUCCAGAGAGUGCAGAGCCCAGAGCAGAAGAACAAAAUGGGAAGAAGGAUACGGGCAGAAGGAAGCGAAGGAAAGUACAGGCACCAAGACCGUUGUCCAACUCAAGUUCUCAGCCAAGUAGGAGGGGGACAGGAAGAGCAAGACACAGGCAGCACCGGCCUCAGACCCAAAGUAAUGAUGGUGGUGUCCAGGCUACUAGACAGUGUCCCAUUUGUGCAGGCUCCUUCAGCGUGGAGACGCUUCCUCUGCAUGCUGCCACUUGUGGAGAGAGCUCCCCACCCCAGCCAGCUUCUCCUGCCUCCUCGUCUUCCUCGCAGUCUGUGCUGAGAUGUCAUCGUGCGGCACUAACACCAGUUCCCCAUCCCCCCCAGCCACAGCCCAACUGGACUGAGAUUGUGAACAAAAAGCUCAAGUUCCCGCCCACACUCCUGGGGGCCAUCCAGGAGGGCCAGCUGGGUCUGGUGCAGCAGCUGCUAGAGUCCAGCUCGGAUGCCUCAGGCUCUGGGCCAGGUGGGCCUCUGCGGAACGUGGAAGAGUCUGAGGAUCGCUCCUGGAGGGAAGCCCUCAAUCUGGCCAUCCGUCUGGGCCAUGAGGCCAUCACUGAUGUGCUGCUGGCCAACGUCAAGUUCGACUUCCGGCAGAUCCACGAAGCUCUGCUGGUGGCUGUGGACACAAACCAGCCAGCAGUGGUACGCCGCCUGCUAGCUCGGCUGGAACGGGAGAAAGGUCGGAAAGUAGACACCAAGUCUUUCUCUCUCGCCUUCUUCGACUCGUCCAUCGAUGGCUCCCGCUUUGCCCCUGGGGUCACUCCACUCACACUGGCCUGUCAGAAGGACCUGUAUGAGAUUGCCCAGCUGCUUAUGGACCAGGGCCACACUAUUGCCCGGCCCCACCCAGUUUCCUGUGCCUGCCUUGAGUGCAGCAAUGCCCGCAGAUAUGACCUGCUGAAAUUCUCGCUAUCCCGAAUCAACACCUACCGAGGCAUUGCAAGCCGGGCUCACCUCUCACUGGCCAGUGAGGAUGCCAUGCUGGCCGCCUUUCAGCUCAGCCGGGAGCUCAGGCGCCUGGCACGAAAGGAGCCUGAGUUUAAGCCUCAGUACAUUGCCCUGGAGUCCCUCUGCCAGGAUUACGGCUUUGAACUGCUGGGCAUGUGCCGGAAUCAGAGUGAGGUCACUGCGGUUCUCAAUGACCUGGCUGAGGAUAGUGAGGCUGAGCCUGAGGCCGAGGGCCUGGGCCAGGCCUUUGAGGAGGGCAUCCCCAACCUGGCAAGACUGCGCCUGGCUGUCAACUACAACCAGAAGCAGUUUGUAGCACACCCCAUCUGCCAGCAAGUUCUGUCUUCCAUCUGGUGUGGGAACCUGGCUGGCUGGCGUGGGAGCACCACCAUCUGGAAACUCUUUGUCGCCUUUCUCAUCUUCCUCACCAUGCCCUUUCUCUGCAUUGGCUACUGGCUGGCACCCAAGUCCCGGCUGGGUCGCCUGCUGAAGAUCCCAGUGUUGAAGUUCCUGCUGCACUCUGCCUCUUACCUGUGGUUCCUUAUCUUCUUGCUGGGAGAGUCCCUGGUAAUGGAGACUCAGCUGAGCACCUUCAAAGGCCGCAGCCAGAGCGUCUGGGAGACUUCGCUACACAUGAUUUGGGUCACAGGCUUCCUCUGGUUUGAGUGUAAGGAAGUGUGGAUUGAAGGCUUGCGCAGCUACCUGCUGGACUGGUGGAAUUUCCUGGAUGUGGUCAUCCUGUCCCUGUACUUGGCGUCCUUUGCACUGCGCCUCCUCCUGGCUGGGCUUGCCUACAUGCACUGCCAGGACACCUCAGACAGCACCACCUGCCGCUAUUUCACCACAGCAGAGCGAAGUGAGUGGCGCACAGAAGACCCUCAGUUCUUGGCCGAGGUGCUCUUUGCUGUUACCAGCAUGCUCAGCUUCACCCGAUUGGCAUAUAUUCUGCCAGCUCACGAGUCACUGGGCACUCUGCAGAUUUCCAUUGGCAGGAUGAUUGACGACAUGAUCCGGUUCAUGUUCAUCCUCAUGAUCAUCCUGACCGCCUUCCUCUGUGGCCUCAACAAUAUCUAUGUGCCCUAUCAGGAAACAGAGCAGCUGGGCAAUUUCAACGAAACCUUCCAGUUUCUGUUCUGGACCAUGUUCGGCAUGGAAGAGCACAAAGUGGUGGACAUGCCUCAGUUCCUGGUGGCUGAGUUCGUGGGCCGGGCCAUGUACGGCAUCUUUACCAUUGUCAUGGUCAUCGUGCUGCUCAACAUGCUCAUUGCCAUGAUCACCAACUCCUUCCAGAAGAUUGAGGACGACGCUGAUGUGGAGUGGAAGUUUGCUCGCUCCAAGCUCUACCUGUCCUACUUCCGAGAGGGCCUGACAUUGCCUGUGCCCUUCAACAUCCUGCCCUCCCCGAAGGCUGCUUUCUACCUUCUCAGGAGAAUUUUCCGUUUCAUUUGCUGUUGCACCUCCUGCUGCAAAGGCAAGAAGUCAGACUAUCCCCCAAUCCCAACCUUUACCAACCCUGGGACAAGGGCAGGGCCCGGGGAAGGAGAGCCUGGGUCCUACCGACUGCGAGUUAUCAAGGCUCUGGUGCAGCGCUACAUAGAAACUGCCCGGCGUGAGUUCGAGGAGACUCGUCGAAAGGACCUGGGCAACAGACUGACAGAGCUGACCAAGACUGUGUCCCGACUGCAAAGUGAGGUGGCCAGUGUGCAGAAGACUCUGGCGGCAGGAGGGACACCACGGCCUCCUGAUGGUGCUAGCAUCCUCAGUCGAUACAUUACCCGAGUGCGUAACAGCUUCCAGAACCUGGGUCCCCCAACCCAUGAGACGCCAGCAGAGUUGACCAUGCCUGGGAUUGUGGAGACCGAAGUCUCUUUAGAAGCUGGCCUUGAAGCUACAAUAGACGCUGGGACUCCAGCUUCUGUAGAGUCCCGCCCUUCCUCCCCUGCUCAUGUGCUGGUGCACAGGGCGCAAGAAGCGGAGGGGGCAGGGGACUUGGCCUUGGAGGAAGGUCUGGAGACCAAGGGCGAGUGA